AUGGUCAUCAUAGUCAUAAGACAUUGGACUUAUUUCAAAAGUGUUACCAUUGACAAAGCAGUAAAUGGUUUUGCUUCUACAGGUCUUUGGCCACCGAAUAUGAACGUAUUUUCAGAUGAAGAUUUUCAUCCUUCGAAUUUGACAGAUGAACCGUUACCAUCAUCUGCUUUAGAUUUGAAUUUACAUUCAAAUUCAUUGAUUGAAACCAUUGAAUCAGUGGUUGAAGAUGACCCAAACCAAUCAAUUUCUUCAAAAAGCCUUUUGGAGUCAAUUGUUGGACCAAUAAAAUCAUCAACGCCACGAGGUAGAAAAAGAAAAUCUGAAAGAGCUACCUUGCUAACGUCCUCACCAAACAAAAAAUUGCUACAAGAAAAAGAUGAUCAAAAUUGUAAAAAGAUAAAGCGUUCUAAAGAUUUAUUAGAUAUAAAAAGUAAAACGGUGAAACGAACCAAAGAUACAACUCUAUGUGGGACUUGCACACAAAUUUUUUGUAAAGAUGUAACUGGGCGUCAGUGGAUCAAAUGCCAAAAAUGUGGCAUUUGGCAUCAUAAUGGUUGCCAAGGACUAGAAGAGGAUUAUAAUGACAUUUUUAUUUGUAUUGAGUGUGAUGAUUAA